UCAAUUAAAUUUUAAGGGUCCAGACCCCAAAAAUUGCAAUCCUUGUCCUUUUCUCUCUCUAACCGUGAUAAUUGGUCUCCUUUUCUCUCUCUAAUUGUCAAAAUUUAUCCCUCUUAUCAUAAUUGGUUAUUUAUAUAUUAACUAGAUCCUGUUAUUCUGGUCUCUCUUAGAUACUUUCAUAUCUAACUUAAUUGGGUUUUUUUUUUCUUUUAUUAGAGAUCUUAUUUUGGUGGAUUAUAAUUGUAUUAGGAGAUCUUUUAUGGGUGUGUUCUAGUUAUAUUGUAUUUGGUAUUUCUGAAUAAUUUUUUAUUUUAUAUAAAUGGAAAUUCAUGGGUUCAUCCCUGGUUCUAUGAUGGUGUUGAUGUUCCAUGAUUAGUUGCGCAUUCCCUUUUGAAGGGCACCUAUGCCAUAAAAUAUUUGGGUAGACUUGAAGGUAGGCUUUCAUAUUAACUUUUCAAUAAUCUAUGACUACGCAUGGAGAGUGGAAAUUCUGAUUGGUUGAGAGCGAAUUGAUUGGUUGCCCUAGCUUUCAUGGGUGAGAGAAAUUGGCAACAACAGGGAAAACUUGAUGGGGACGGAAUUCAUUGGAACUCGCUUUAAAGAAGAAGUCAAGAAACUCCCUGAAAUUACAAGUUGCUUGUUAGAUACAUUUUCUAACUUGAACAGGAUCCUUUCUGAUGGUGCAAUGGCUCUCGAAGGUGUGGUGGAUUCCUCUACUCCACAAGUGACGCGGGCAAAUGUUGAAUCCAGCAUUGUUGAUGGGGCUACUGAUGAUGGAGUGAAGUUCACCCGUUCCCUAAGGAGCAGGUCUUGCAUUAAUUAUGGGCAAUUUUAUAAUAGCUCAGACGAUGAAUUGGACACCAAACGACCUGUUCAGGAUAACUUCUCAAGGCAUUCCCGACAAAGUGACGAACUCUCAAGCUGUACAGGACAUCAGAAGGUUUCAGGAAGGUGGCGUCCAAAAGAAGCAUGCAGGCCUAUAAUUGAUGAUGCUCCCGUCUUCCAUCCUAGUGAACAAGAGUUUGAGGAUACGAUUGGGUACAUUGCAAGCAUCCGCCAUAUAGUGGAACCAUAUGGCAUAUGUCGUAUUGUUCCUCCUUCUUCGUGGAAGCCUCCUUGCCCUUUAAAAGAGAGAAGCAUUUGGGAAAAGGCUAAGUUUGCUACUCGUGUCCAGCAAGUUGACAAGCUUCAAAACCGAGAACCCAUGAGGAAGAAAUCAAGGAACCGUAGUAACAGAAAGAGGAAAAGAAGAAAGCGUUUAAGAACCGCUAUGCCUUGUAGACGUGAUGAUUCGGAUGGCCCUGAAGUUGAUGAACCUGCCUCUGAUGGGGAUGAGAGAUUUGGGUUUCAGUCUGGUUCAGAGUAUACACUAGAAGAUUUUGAGAAAUAUGCAGAUGACUUUAAGGACAAAUAUUUUGGUAUAGAUAGAAGAUGUAAAGGUUCAAGCUCCAGUUGUGAUGAUCCUGAAUUACGGCGGGAGCCAUCUGUUGAUGAUAUUGAAGGAGAAUAUUGGCGGAUGGUUGAGAAACCGACUGAAGAGAUUGAGGUUCAUUAUGGUGCAGAUUUGGAAACUGGAAAAUUUGGGAGUGGGUUUCCUAAAGCAACCUUGGGAUCUCAGACUAACUGCAACAAAUAUGUGAAAUCGGGUUGGAAUUUAAAUAAUUUUUCUCGACUUCCUGGGUCCUUGCUCUCUUUUGAACAUGGAGAUAUUUCUGGGGUUCAGGUUCCUUGGCUGUAUAUAGGGAUGUGCUUUUCAUCAUUUUGCUGGCAUGUGGAGGAUCACCACUUCUAUUCGUUGAAUUACUUGCAUUGGGGGGCUCCAAAAGUAUGGUAUGGGGUAUCAGGAAAGGAUGCUCUGAAGUUGGAGGAGGCCAUGAGAAAGCAUUUACCGGCUUUAUUUGAAGAGCAACCUGAUUUACUAAAUAAACUUGUCACUCAGCUGAGUCCCUCAGUUUUGAAAUUCGAGAACGUGCCUGUGUUUCGAGUUGUUCAAAACUCCGGUGAAUUUGUUCUCACUUUUCCAAGGGCCUAUCACUCUGGCUUCAAUUGUGGCUUUAACUGUGCAGAGGCUGUGAAUGUUGCCCCAGUUGAUUGGUUGCCCCAUGGGCAAAGCGCUGUGGAGAUUUAUAGCGAGCAACGAAGGAAAACAUCAGUUUCCCAUGACAAAUUGCUUCUUGGGGCUGCUCGAGAAGCUGUUAAGGUGCUUUGGGAUUUAUUGAUACUAAAACAAGAUGACCCACAAAAUGAGAGAUGGAGAAGUGUUUGUGGAAUGGAUGGCAUACUAACAAAUGCAGUCCAGACACGUGUAGAGAUGGAGCGUGACAGAAGAGAGUCCCUCUCAGAUCUUUCUCAGACUAGGAAGAUGAGCAAAGAUUUUGAUGCGACCCAAGAAAGGGAAUGUUUUUUUUGUUUCUAUGAUUUGCACCUCUCUGCAUCAGGUUGUGAGUGCUCACCAAAUCGAUUUGCAUGUUUAAACCAUUUCAAGCAACUAUGCUCUUGUGAUUUGAGCAGGACGGUAUUCCUCUUUCGCUACACCAUGAUGGAACUAAACUCACUGAUUAAAGCCUUGGAAGGAGAUAAAAGCGCCAUAGAAUGGUGGGCAUCAAAAGAACUUGGCGUGGUUUUGAAUUCUCAUGAGCAGUCUUUAGAAAUACCAGCUGAAGACAAGUUUGAAGUAGAAAAACCAGUUGAACUCAACUUGGAGGCAUAUUUGGGGAGCACGAAUUCUGAAGAGAUUAAAGCACAGGGAUCUGAGAGGAUGUUGAUUGAUAUAAACUUAAAUGUUCAUGAGGCCAAUUUCCUUGAGCAAAAUCCAGAAUCAGAGAUUUUUAUAGAUAAUAUCCGUUCUGAAGCUCAGGUAAUGGAAGAAAUCCCAGAUAUGAAUAAGCCAUGCACGGGUGAAUAUGAAGACACAGCCCCAAAAUAUGAUAUACCAUCUUCGAGGUUUAUUGAACAUGCCAAGGGAAAACAUAUGGUUCUUAUUGUUCAAGAAACGAAACAGAGAGAGAUUCCUGUCAUGGAAGUCAAAAGAGAAGUGGGUUCUUCAACUUAUGGCAAAAAUGUAGUCUUAGGCUUGCCUGCCUCGUUUGGUAAACAGCGUGUAGUUAGAGAGGGAGCUCGGGUUUCAAAGAAGUUCAUGGAAACCCCAAGACAAUUCACAUGUCUAGAGACUGGUAAUGUUAAAGAUCAUGGAAAAACUGAUAGAGGUCGUGAGGAGUUUGACUUCAUGAGACUAGGUGAACAUGGUGCUAAGUUGGGUUCUGAUCAUCUCACCUCUUCUUUUUUUAACAAAUCUGUUGAAGAAGGCUGUCAUAUAUCUCAUAUUUCUAAUGGACUCCAAGGAUUCAAUUCUGAUGUUGAGCUUCUAGAUCUUGGAAUUGUGGUCCCUGGUAGUCGUUGGUGCAAUGAGAAGACGGCAUUUCCUAAAGGUUUCAGAAGUCGUGUCAGAUUUUUUAGUGUGCUAGAUCCCACGCAAAUGUGUAGCUAUAUCUCAGAAGUCAUUGAUGGUGUAUUUUUGGGGCCUUUAUUCAAGGUGGUGGUAGAGGACUGCCCGACUGAGUCAUUCUCGCACUCCUCUGCCCGGGAUUGUUGGGAGUUGGUGAGAGAGAGACUGAACCAAGAGAUUCUUAGGCAGCGUAGCCUUGGGAAACACAACGUUCCACCUCUGCUUUCCCCUGAGUCUCUUGAUGGCCUCGAAAUGUUUGGGUUUUCUUCUCCUUCAAUAAUUCGGGCAAUCAAAACUCCAAAUCGUGACCACACAUUUUCGGACAAUUGGAGAACAAGGCCAUUGAUUGGUAAGCUUAACUUUGGAGAGGUUGACGUGAAGGAUGUGCAUGAGCCCCAAACCAAGAAGUUGUGCAUUGGCGGCGAACACAUAUUGUACCAAAUUGGAGAGAGCAGCAUCAUGGGCGUAACCGAGAAAACUGUUAUAAGAGAAAAUGAUGUAAAGAAAGAGCAGAGAGGAGGGGGCGAGGAAGAUGAGGUCUCAUUCGAACGGGUUCAGUGUGUGCUCAGAGGGUUGUUUAGUAAGGCAAGCCCUGAUGAAUUGAGACUGAUGCAAAGAGUUCUUGGCAGUGAAAAAUGGAGCUCUGAAUGGAGAGGAGCUUACGGGGCUCUGUUGGAUGAGAUUCAGAGGUUGUAGAGAGAGAGAGAGACAUGGCUUUAUUUAAUGGAGCAAGACUGAUGAAGCUGUGGCAAACUUUCUGCGUGGAUCAUUUACUCAGGACCUGGUUGAGAGAGAGGGAGAGAGAGAGAGAGAGAGAGAGAGAGAGAGAGAGAGAGAGAGAGAGAGAGAGAGAGAGAGAGAGGCCAAGGGUUAGGCUCACUGAUCAAACUUUAGCUUGAUGUACAUUGAACUCCUUGAAUGAAAAUAGAUAAACUCAAAAUGUCUUAAA